CCGGAAUCAAGAAUGUCGUGGCCAUGUUUCUAAAGCAUGGGACCUUGGAUAUCAAAGCAGGAGCCCAGUUGAUAGGCUUCAUGUCCAACGACAGUGAGGCCAGGGCCAAGUUUAUUGAGAGCCAAGUCAAGACCAAGUACGACCGCAUACUCCAUCCCCCCUUGACCUACCUAGGCGAUGCUUUUAAGUACCAUGCUGCCGAUGGCAAGUUCAACAGCGCCCUGAACCCGCAUCUCGGACAGGCAGGAGCCCCUUACGCCAAGACCGUGCCGUCCAAGACUCACCCACUCGGUGCCCUUCCCGAUCCCGGUGACAUUUUUGACCGACUUAUGGCCAGAGGCAAGGAAGCACGGAACAGCUCUUCUGGACUUUCCAGCAUGCUGAUCUAUCACGCCACCAUUAUCAUACACGACAUUUUUCGAACCAAUGAUGGCGACAAGAACAUCUCGGACACAUCUUCCUACCUCGAUCUUUCCCCCCUCUAUGGCUUCAACCAGGAGAUGCAGCGUCAGGUGCGAGACGACAAGUACAGGCUUGGUCUACUCAAGCCUGACACAUUCGCUGAGGAUCGCCUGCUGCACGAGCCUCCUGGAGUGUGCAUCAUGCUUGUCAUGUACAAUCGCUAUCACCAUUACGCUGCCACCCAACUGCGCCUCAUCAAUGAAAACGGGCGCUUUUCAGUACCUGCGAAGUUCGAGGGCACCGAACACCAAGCAGCUGCCCGUGCGUUUGUCAAGGGACGUGACGAUGAUAGCCACUAUCAGAGUGUCCUCGCCGAGUAUGCAAAGGCCUACGACGAGUUUGUGGCCAACGGCAAAAGGACGGAUGCAACUCCGAGGUUUGCAAAAGCCGUCAAGGCUUUGGAGACAUACAUCUAUGAGCACGCUCCCUGCCAGAAGAUAAUUGAAGAGUUUUAUGACGCGUAUGACGCUGCAUGGAAGAAGCUCGACGACGACCUUUUCAACACCGCGCGGUUGAUCACAUAUGGCCUGUACAUCCAGGUGUCGAUCCAUGACUACCUUCGGGCUCUGAUGGGUUUCCACGCCUAUGACACGAUCUGCGCGUCCACGAGACUGCUGCAAAAACGACGACACGCGGGCUGGGAAAUCAAGUAACAGUUGAAUUCAACUUGCUUUAUCGCUUCCAUUGUGCCAUUUCUGCCAGGGAUGGACGAUAUGCUGAAGACUCCAUGCGCGAUAUGUUCUUCAUCAAAGACAACAAGUGGGACCCCGAAGAAUAUGACUCUUCCUGAGUUUGUCAACUUGAUGCAGAAGUCGAAGGAGGCUCGCGGGAAGGCUCAAGAGCCUGAGCUUCCAGUUUGGGAGAGGGAGUUUGGCUUGAGGGAGGACAAUGAACGCAACCCAGCAGGAAAGAAGGUCUUCAAGCGCAACAGCUUGACCGGGUUAUUUGAUGAUCAAGAGAUGGUUGACGAGCUGCUGGACUCGAUGGAUGACCCAAUUGCCAACUUUGGACCCAACAAUGUGCCACGAUGCCUCAGGGCCGUCGAGAUAAUGGGUAUUCAUCAGGCGCGCAAAUGGGGUGUGGGCACUUUGAAUGAUUUCCGUGAAUUCUUCGGGCUCAAGCGUCACGACACCUUUGAGAGCAUUUGCAAGAGCCCUGCUGUUCAGAAGGCGCUGUGCGACUUGUAUGAGCACCCUGACAAAGUCGAGCUUUAUCCUGGUGUCUUUUGCAAGUCUGACAGCGCGAUGAAUGGGGAUCCGGGACCGAGAGACGUUGACUCAGCGUUGUGGGCUGCCAUCUUCUCCGACGCAAUCACGCUGGUCAGAUCCGAUCGGUUCUACACGGUGGACUUGAACACAGACUCUCUUACUUCGUAG